UUCCCUCAUUAUUGUAAGCGUAUCUAGUGAAGUGGUUCAUGAUUUUGAGUAAAGUAAUUGUAAAGUAAAGAUACUGGAAUAUCAUGCGGUUUAGCAUCUUCAUCAUCGUUCUGCUGGGCUUCAUCAACUUCACACUGGCUCAAGUUAAGGGCUGCUGUCAGAACUAUGUCUCUAAAAUUAGACUCUUUGAAAAGAAAAGAGUGACCAGCUACAGAAUACAAGAGAGGGGCAAACACUGCACGUUACCUGCUGUCAUCUUCAGAUUGGAUCAUUCCGAGUUUUGUGCUGACCCUAGAGAGCAUUGGGUCCACAAUCUCAUGAGGAGGGUGAACAAAUUGUUUCCAGGGUCGUUUAUGGAUGGUGGCUGCUGUCUGCAGUAUGCCACGAGUGUUAAACUGUCCACAAGGAAUAGAGUGACCAGCUACAGAAGACAAAAUCCGAGCAGACGCUGCAGGAUCGCUGCUAUUGUAUUCACAUUGGAAAAUGAUCAGGAGUUCUGUGCUGAUCCCAUGGAAAGAUGGGUCAAUUCUCUCAUGCAGAGGCUGGACGGGCUGUCAGAUGGGUGGCCUGUGUGGUUUCCGGAGCCUCCGAGGCCUCCAAGGCCUCCGAGCCCUCCAAGGCCUCCAAGGCCUCUGGUGCCUUCGAGGCCUCAGACACUUCCGGUGAUUCCGGUGCAUCCAAAGCCUCAGAGGCCUGUGGUGCCUCCAAAGCCUCAGAGGCCUGUGGUGCCUUCAAAGCCUCAAACUACUGCAAUGCCUCAAAGGCCAGAAAUGCCUGAAAUGCCUCAAAUGUCUGAAAUUCCUGAAAUCCCUCGAAUGACUGAAAUGUCUGAAAUGCCUCAAACAACUGAAAUGCCUAAAAAACCUCAAACAACUGAAAUUCUUCAAACGACUGAAAAUUCUGAAAUGCCUCGAACAACUGAAAUGCCUAAAAUUUCUCAAACAACUGAUAUCCCUCGAAUGACUGAAAUGCCUCGAACAACUGAAAUGCCUGAAGUGUCUCAAACGACUGAAAUGCCUGAAAUCCCUCAAAGGACUAAAACGCCUGAAAUCCCUCGAACAACUGAAAUGCCUAAAAUCUCUCGAACUACUAAAAUGCCCUGAAUGACU